CUUUUGCAGAGUGACAAAUUUUUUAUAAAUAUUAAUUCCGAAUAAACAACGACGAGUCGUCCAACGUCUACAAUUUGAAUUAAUAUUUAUUUUUCUCUACACACAAAAAUGCCAACAACAACAACCAUUCCAUGCAUAUUAUCUUUAUAACGCGUUAGCAGAGUUUCGUAUAAUCAAGAAUGUAAAAAUAAAUACACCGAUAUCCGAGCGCUACUUUGCAAAUUGAUACGAAUGUCACAUCGAUCGUCUGAUUUUACAGAGGAUGAAGCGAGAUAGAUAAGAAAUACCGAAAUAAACUAUUUAUGUCAUGUCAUCACUUUCGUUGAAUACACAUGUUUGAAUUAAAACUCGUAACAGUAAAUUGAAAAAAGAAGCAAAGAAAAUAGUUUUUAUCAUCGAAAGCAGUAAUAAUUCAUUGGAUAUUGUUCAAUUGAAAGCAGAUUUAUUGCGUUUUUAGAACUGUCGUCUUUAUCUCAGACAAUAAAACCUUGAAUAAAUACAGGUGAAUUAGUCCGUAUUUGAAACAUUUUACAUUUGUACGCGCUCAUUUGAACGCCAGUCGUGAGUUUGCUGUAUAGCGAAGCGAACGUGUUAUAUUGAACAGAAAGUGAAAAAAAUGUGGUCAACGAUUUCAAUUUUUGUGAUUGCACUCAUUUGUCUCGCAAAUGGGCAGGAAAAUAAAGAAGACAAGGCACGUUAUGAUAAUUAUCGAAUGUAUAGUGUGCAUUUGAAAACCGAAGAACAUGUGAAAGUAUUCCAAGAAAUAGAAGCUCGCAGUGAUAGCUAUAUUUUUAUGGGUCACGCGCGUCAAGCAAAUCAAAAUUUAAGCAUUUUAGCUGCUGCGCACAAGAUAGCCGAUCUCACAGAUAUAAUGCAUCAGUUUAAUAUUUCAUACAAAGUGCUGAAUUACAAUUUCCAAGCGAAUCUCGACGCAGAAGCUGUUUUUGUAAAACCAAUGAAUACAUCGGUGAAUGAUUUUGAUUGGCGACAUUAUUAUCAUUUGGAGACGAUUUAUGCAUGGUUAGAUCAUCUCUGUUCCAAAUACAGCGCAAUUGUUAAACCCGUGGAAAUUGGAAAGAGCUAUGAAGGUGUUCCGAUCAGAGGCGUUAAACUUUCGCACAAAGAAAACAACACGGCAAUUUUCAUUGAAGGAGGAAUUCAUGCACGAGAGUGGAUCAGCCCGGCAACAGCCACAUUCAUUUUGGACGAACUUUUGAUAUCGGACGACAAGGAAGUACAAGAUAUUGCACAAAACUUUGAUUGGAUUUUCUUCCCAGUUAUCAAUCCGGAUGGAUAUAAAGCAACUUUUGAGAAAGAUCGAAUGUGGCGCAAGACAAGACAGCCAUUUGGCAUUUGUCGUGGCACCGAUUUGAAUCGUAAUUUCGACAGUGCAUGGAAUAAGACUGGAUCGAGCCCAGAUCCGUGCGCAUAUGAUUAUGCUGGACCAUCUAUGAACAGUGAACCGGAAGCGGAACAGCUAUCUAAAUAUCUAAAAAGCAUUUUCAAGUCACAAUUUGUCCAAACUUACAUUAGUUUGCAUUCGUUUUCGCAAUUGCUUAUGUUCCCAAAUGGCUAUACAAGUGAAAAAGUGGAUAACUAUGUUGAUUUGAAAGAAAUUGGAGCCAAAACAGUCGAAGCAAUUAAAAAGCGAUACGGUACAAUUUAUAAGUCGGGAAGUGUUUAUGAGACUAUUUAUCCAUCGGCUGGGUCAUCGCAUGAUUUUGCUCACUCCGUUGGUAUCCCGAUAACUUAUACAUUCGAGCUAAGAGGACCACCAAACAGCACAGACUGGUUUAUCUUGCCCGCCGCUCAAAUUGAACCAGUUGGCUGGGAAAUUCUCGAUGGACUCGUUGCACUAUUAAAGGAGGCAAAGGCACGUGGCUACUACGAUUAUGGAAAAAUUGUUGCAAGCCAAAAGGGUUCUGCAUCACGUAUUGAAAAUUGGAGCAUGGCCAGUGUAGCGAUUACAUUGAUCAUUGCUUACUUUUUUGCAAAUUAAAUGUUUCGAUGAAUAUUCCAUUCGAAAAGAUGAAGAGCUCUAAAGUGUUGAAAAUUCGAAAGCUACGCAUCAAAAAUAAUCAACCAAAAAAUGCAUUAACACACACUUAAAAGUUAAAAAAUAGAUAAAAAUAUAAAGUAUUCAAUAUUAAUAGUAAAAAAAAAUUUGGAGAUCAUAAUAAAAUCAAAUUUAUAGUUUAUUUAGUUUAUGGGCAAAAAUUAAUUUAUGCGCUACAAUUUUAUGUUAAUGUGAAAGUAAUAAAAAAAAAUGUCGGCUGUUGUUUGAAGUCUCUUGAACGAAA